AUGCCCAAAUGGCAUGCAGUCUAUAAGUAUAUAUUGCGAGAUUUCACUCCGAACCCGCCUCCUGAAGCAAUUGUCACUCUUCAUAUUCCCCUCCGUGAUUUCUCAGAUAUCGAUUCACUUUACUGGGCCGCCGCAUUGGACAUACCGACCAGCUGCCUGCCCAACUUUUCUUCCUAUCCUUUGCGUUGGCUCUGCUACUUGAGUUUCUGUCUGACCGGUUCCAGGGGUGACCUGAAACGCUCCUCGCAGGCCGACUCCCCGCAUGUAAACUAUGACGACCAGACAGCCCUUGGCGAGUCUGCCAGCUUCUACUUCCAUCCUGAGCGUUCGGCGUUCCUCAUCGAUCCGGACAUGUGCGCGCGAGAACUACCUUGCGAGACCGAUACGGAGAAUAGCGACGGAGAUGAAUUAUGGGACCAUUUGAUGGAAAGGGAACAUGCAGAGUGUGUAGCGACGGGAACCCCUCACGAUCUAUGCAGUGCGGAGCACUUGAUCCCUGCUAGCAAGGGAAACAAGUAUAUCAGUUUGUUGACGAGGGGUAGGAGAUACGACGACGCAGACGAUGCCAUCGUUGACAGUAUCAACGACCCUCGCAAUGCGCUGUUCGUCAACUUGUUACUGCGCUCUGCAAUCGGUGCCAUGGACGCCGCCUUCCUACAGACUCCGAACUUUAUCCUGAAACCGGAGCAUCUCAAUUCGCAGUAUACAGGUGGCUCUCACACCUUCCUGCAUUACUUUCCUCGUCCGUCAGAAAUUGCCGAUAAUAUCAAGCCCUAUAUCCCGCACGGCCAACCCAUCCGGCUUCCCGAACCGAGGAAUAGAGACACCUGGCCGCCGGAGACGAUAUUUGCAGCUUGUUAUGGCUGCGCGGCGUUGAAUACAUGGCCCGUGCACUCGUUCGUGGAAAGAGUAAGGGAGGAGUGGGUGGGUAAGGGUGAGAUGCCCCUGGAUCUACCUGACGAUGCGAACCGUAAGCAACCCCCUAUGCACGUUUGGAGCAAAGCUGCGCAGGAACGUAGAGCAGAGCGCAGCGAAACGGAGGAGGUGUGGGAUAUCUUGACCAUGUACCAAGAACUGUUACAUGGUGCCGCACAGGAACGGGGCCAACAGAGAGCUAGGGAGAAUACGAGGGAGAGGGUCAAUACGUGGUUACACACGACCGAAGAUGAGGAGUAA